AUGCAGAGAUUUGUGUGUUUUCGGCAAGGAUAUCGAUUAGAGAAGUGGUACACUUUGCCAAAUAGAAAAAGGGAACCAAAGAUCGAGACAAGAACUGGGUGCGAAGCUCAAUUCCUAGUCAAGUUUGUAGGGGUAACUGGAAGAUGGCAUGUGACCCGAUUUUCAAAUGUUCAUAAUCACGAACUAUUGGAAGGCCGGUUGAGCAGGUUAUUGCCAGCUCAUAGGAGUAUGUCCAAAGCCGAAAUUGCACUCAUGAACAACAUGCGCAAGUCGGGGAUUAGCACAUCCCAGAUUUAUGCUUUGCUAGCAAGUCAAAGUGGUGGUUUUGACAAGUUGAACUAUGGCCCCAGAGACAUGUACAAUCAAAUAGCUAAGGCGAGGCGUGAGAUUUCAGAGGAUGUGGGUAGAGCAUUAAAUUAUUUGGAGGGGAUGGCUGCAAACGAUAAAUCUUUAUACUACGAAGAGCUUCGGGUGACGGAUGGAAGGUUACUAAAUCUCUUUUGGUGUGAUGGUUUAUGUAGAGAGGACUAUGAAUUGUUUGGAGAUGUUGUUGCAUUUGAUGCUACAUACAACAAGAAUAAAUAUAGGUGUCCUUUUGUUGUGUUCAUAGGUGUCAACCAUCACAACCAAACUAUUGUCUUUGCUGCAUGCAUUUUUUUGGAGGCAAUAAAUGGUAGAGCCCCAUCCUCUGUGAUAACUGAUGGGGCAAGGGCAAUGAAAAAUGUGAUUGAGGAAGUAUUCCCUGUGUUCCGUAACAAGUGGCAAAUAUUGGUAGAGGAAUUUGGGGUUGAGGAAAAAGAAUGGCUAAAUGAAAUUUAUGAGAAACGUCGAUCAUGGGCAACAUGUUACAUCCGAGGGAAGUUCUUUGCUGGAUUUAGGACUACAUCACGCUGCGAGGGUUUGCAUUCAUUGAUUGGGAAGUACACUAAGCCUCAUUAUGACUUAUCCGAGUUUAUUGAGCACUUCCAACGAAUGUUGGGCCAUAUGCGGUUUAGGGAAUUUUAUGCUGAAUAUGAAUCUGCUUGUGGAGUUCCAGUUAUACAAACUUGUAUUGAACCCCUUGAGAUGUGUGCUGCUGAUACUUACACAAGGGAGGUAUUCUUUUUAUUCAGGUCUAUUCUUGUUCCGUUGGGUGCAAUGAGAGUCGUGGAUUACCAAACAAGAGACAAUAGUGGAAUUUAUUAUGUUUGUAGGUAUGCCAAACCACCAACAAAGGUGUGGGAGGUUGAGUGGGUGGAUAAUGGUAACGCAAUUACUUGUUCAUGCAUGCGUAUGGAAUCAUUCGGUAUUCUCUGUGAACACAUUAUCUCUGUAUUGGUCCGUAGGGAUGUGCGCAAAAUCCCUAAAUGUCUAGUGUUGCAAAGAUGGACUAAGAAAGCAAAAGAAUCUAUGUCUGAGUCAAGUAGUUUUACAAGCGAAUUACAAGCCAACAGUCGACUUUGUAUCCUUAAUGAGUGUGCUAAGAUGAUGUCAGAGGUUGCAUGUGCUACUACAGAGAGGUUCUAUGAAGCAAGGGAUCUUAUGCUUGAUCUUUAUAGCUCAUACAAAGCACUAGAUGAAGGGAACACGCCUUCGAAACCUAGACUGAGAGGUGGUACCAAUCCUAAAAGGCAUAGUGGUCGGAAAAAGCCCCAACGUUGCAGUAAUUGCAAGAAACCUGGUCAUAAUAAAACUUCUUGCUCAAAACGCAAUGAAAAUGCUUUCAGUACACAAGGUAGCUCUACCCGUCAAACUGAUGCAAUUUAUGAUGGUGAAUGCAUGGAUAAUGUGGAAUACGAAACUUAA